AUAAACAUAACCUCAAUUUCCUGACGUCAAUAAAAAGCAGACAGCCCCGCUGUUUAUUGAAUGGUUUUUUCGAAUUUCUUACAAAUAAGACUUGUAUCACUCGGUAGUUACUUAAAAAGGAUGGGUAGAAAAAACCGCCAAUAUAAUAAAUUCGCUCAGCGAAAGCGGGAACGCAAAGAGCAGGAGAAGAAUCCCCAGGAGAAGCCAGCUGCUGACAAUAGAAAGCAUUACGAUGAUAUUGUCAGGGAAAAUGCUGCAUUUGAGGAGUAUUAUAAGGGUCAAAAAGUGUGCCCAGAAGAUGAAUGGGACACAUUCAUGAAGACCCUCAAAGAGAACUUACCAACAGCAUUCCGUAUCACCGGUUCCAAGUGUGAGGCAGCUGCGCUCAUGAAGCUAGUGAAGAGCCAGUACUUCUCCGAGAUCCUCAACAUGAAGCUACACGCUGAGGGGGAUGAUGGAGAGGGGGAGGAGAUUAAACCUAUUAAUUUGCCUUGGUACCCCGGAGGUUACGCCUGGCAGCUCCGUCUAUCCCGCACAGACAUCAGACGUAACGAGGCUCUGUACAAACUACACAACUUCCUAGUAGCUGAGACGGCUGCGGGUGGAGUGUCUAGACAAGAGACUGUGUCUAUGAUACCGCCUGUCGUUCUUGAUGUUCAACCUCAUCAUAAGGUAUUGGACAUGUGUGCAGCUCCUGGAUCUAAAACAGCACAGUUGAUUGAAUUCCUUCAUGCUGAUGAAGACAAAAUGCCUACAGGAUUCGUAAUGGCAAACGAUGUGGACAACAACAGAUGCUACAUGUUGGUACACCAGGCUAAGAGACUGAACUCUCCCUGCAUACUGAUCACGAACCACGACUCCGCUGUCAUGCCGUCUCUAGUUGUUACUGAUGAUAAGAAUCCUGGUGCAACAAAACCACUGAAGUUCGACCGCAUUCUCUGUGAUGUGCCGUGUUCAGGAGACGCCACGCUCAGAAAGAACCCCGACAUAUGGCUCAAAUGGUCUACUGGCAAUGGGAAUAAUCUUCAUGGCAUCCAAUACCGAGUUCUCAAACGUGGCUGCGAGCUCCUCGAAGUUGGAGGACGUUUGGUCUACUCCACAUGCUCAUUCAACCCCGUGGAAAACGAGGCAGUAGUCCACAGAGUACUCCAAGAGACCGCAGGGUCUGUAGCCCUGGUCAAUGUCGCUGAUAUGCUGCCAGGUCUCAAGUUCCACAAGGGCAUGACAUACUGGCGUCCAGCAUCCAAAGACAUGGUAUUCUACGAGAAGUACGAGGAUGUACCUGAGAAGUGGCAGACCGUGGUCAGACCGCAGAUGUUCCCGCCCAAACCUGAGGACUUGGACAAAUAUAAUUUGGAUAGAUGCGUUCGAAUCCUCCCCCACCACCAAGACACAGGCGGUUUCUUCGUAGCAGUGUUCGAGAAACUCGCCCCCCUCCCGUGGGAGAAGGACAUCACGCCCGCAGAGACUUCAGAAGUUAAAGAAGAGGAGAAGAAGGAACCGCCUAAGAAGAAGAGGAGAAUGGGAGGCUAUAGAGAAGAUCCUUUUGUGUUCUUUUCCGGUGAAAAAGAAGACGUAUUCCCCUCAAUAAAAGAAUUCUACAAUCUCAACUCGGACUUCGACGCCACCUGUCUUCUCACGCGAUGUUUCGUGGGGAAGAAGAAGAACAUAUACUUAGUUUCUCCAAUAGUGAAGGACGUUGUGGCGAAGAAUGAGUCAAGUAUCAAGAUUAUUAAUACGGGUGUCAAGACUUUUGUACGAUGCGAUAAUAAGAAUAUGGUUUGUCCGUUUAGGCUAUCGCAAGAAGGUCUACAAAGCAUAGCGCAGUUCAUAGGCUCAGCUCGUCGCCUGCGCAUCACCAGGGAGGAUCUGAUCCUCGUGCUGCAAAAUGACAACCCCAGCAAGCCGCCCGAUGUUAAACUGUUCUCCGAGUCCACGCAGGAACUGGUUAAGGGGUUCGCUACAGGCAGCUGCGUAUUAGAAUACAAAGAAGAAGGCGACUCGUCUCUGCAACUAACGCUAGUAGGUUGGCGCGGCGUCCACUCUCUCCGCGCGUACACCGCGACUGCCGACACCGUGCACUAUCUCAGACUGCUCGGCGCUGAUUAUAGUAGAUAUGACAUAAACAAGUUCAAGAAAGCCUCCGACGUUCCGGAAGCCGAUGGCGACCCUGAAGCCGACUCCGGCGACGUGACCGAAGUCGUUGACGCCGAGUCCACUAGCGCCGCAGCGGCGAGUAGCGACACUAAUGGCGAAGAUGCACAGACCACUAGCGCCACGGCGGCCAGUAGCGACAACGGCGACGUACAGAUGACAGAACAGUCUGCUUCAUAGUGAAUAAGGCUGUUAGAUUAAGUUGUAUUGUAUUUGUAUUAUAUUUUAUAUAUUGGAAUUAAAAUUAUCUUUGACUA